AUGUCUCUGGGCCGUCUCCUCCGCCGGGCCUCCUCCAAAGCCUCGGACCUCCUGACACUCUCCCCGGGCAGCAGCUACGGCGGGACGCCUUCCAUCCUGGACGGGGACAUCAUCUACUCCAAGAACAAUGUCUGUGUGCACCCACCUGAGGGGCUGCAGGGGCUGGGCGAGCACCACCCAGGGUACCUGUGCCUGUAUGUGGAGAAGGACGAGCUGCUGGGAGCCACCCUCAUCCUCGCGUGGGUCCCCAAUUCUCGGAUCCAGAGGCAGGACGAGGAGGCAUUACGCUACAUCACCCCCGAGAGCUCCCCUGUGCGCAAGGGCCCCCGCUCACGUGCCCGGCGCACCCAGAGCUCAGGGCUGCCCCUCCAGGCCUCCCCCACAGAGCCCAGGCUGGCCCUGACCCCCAAAGAUGAGAAUGUCCUGGUGGCCUCCCAGAGCACCCCCUGUGCUGGGCUGGGCAGCCCCACGUCAGAGGAUGGGGAGAAGCCAGGCCUGGCCAUGGGUGUGGACGGCACCCCCCCGGCCUCACUGCCCCCCAGAAGCGACUCAGGCACCCUGUCCACGGCCAGCUCGCAGGACGGGAUGCUCGAAGGCCGGGAGCAGCGGGCUGAGGCUGGGGAGGAGGAGGGCUCGCUGGAGCUGUCGGCCGAGGGCGUGAGCAGGGCCAGCUCCUUCGAUUCGGACUCGGACGCCUUCUCCUCGCCCUUCUGCCUGUCACCGGUCAGCGCUGCUCUCGCCCAGAGCAGCAGCUCUGUGUUUCUGGAAAGUGAAAGCAGCUCCCCACCCAGCACUGACACCAGCCUGCGUUUCCCAGAGAGCAACGGGCUGGUGCCCACGCCGCGCUGGGAGGAGCCACAGAGGGGCUGUGCCCUGGAGCAGACGUGUGGGGUCUUCCGCGUGGACUUGGGACACAUGCGCUCACUCCGCCUCUUCUUCAGUGACGAGGCCUGCACCAGCGGUCAGCUGGUGGUGGCGAGCCGGGAGAGUCAGUACAAGGUCCUCCACUUCCACCACGGCGGCCUGGACAAGCUGGCAGACGUGUUCCAGCAGUGGAAGUACUGCACCGAGACGCACCCCCGGGACCAGGUCACCGAUGAGAAAACCUGCAUGCAGUUCUCCAUCCGGCGUCCCAAGCUGCCCUCGUCUGAGACUCACCCUGAGGAAAGCAUGUACCAACGGCUGGACGUGGCAGCCUGGCUUGGUCACCUCAAUGAGCUGGGCCAGGUGGAGGAAGAGUACAAGCUGCGGAAGGCCAUUUUCUUUGGUGGCAUUGAUGUGUCAAUCCGGGGUGAGGUCUGGCCCUUCCUGCUGCGCUAUUACAGCCACGAGUCCACCUCAGAGGAGCGGGAGGCACUGCGGGCACAAAAGCGGAAGGAGUACAGCGAGAUCCAGCAGAGACGGCUCUCCAUGGCACCAGAAGCGCAGCGGGAGUUCUGGCGCCGUGUGCAAUUCACCGUGGACAAGGAUGUGGUGCGCACAGACCGGAGCAAGCAGUUCUUCCGAGGGGAGGGCAACCCCAACGUAGAGAGCAUGAGGCGGAUCCUGCUUAACUAUGCGGUGUACAAUCCGGCCAUCGGCUACUCCCAGGGCAUGUCAGACCUGGUGGCGCCCAUCCUGGCCGAGGUCCUGGACGAGGCAGACACCUUCUGGUGCUUCGUCGGGCUGAUGCAGAACACCAUCUUUGUCAGCUCCCCGCGGGACGAGGACAUGGAGCAGCAGCUGAUGUACCUGCGGGAGCUGCUGCGCCUGACGCACCUGCGCUUCUACCAGCACCUGGUCUCGCUGGGCGAGGACGGCCUGCAGAUGCUCUUCAGCCACCGCUGGUUGCUGCUGUGCUUCAAGCGCGAGUUCCCCGAGGCCGAGGCCCUGCGCAUCUGGGAGGCCUGCUGGGCCCACUACCAGACCGACUACUUCCACCUGUUCAUCUGCGUGGCCAUCGUCGUCAUCUAUGGGGACGACGUCAUCGAGCAGCAGCUGGCCACUGACCAGAUGCUCCUGCACUUCGGAAACCUGGCCAUGCACAUGAACGGGGAGCUGGUCCUCCGGAAGGCCCGGAGCUUGCUGCACCAGUUCCGCCUCCUCCCUCGGAUCCCCUGCAGCCUCCACGAUCUGUGCCGGCUGUGUGGUCCCGGCAUGUGGGACAGCGGCUACAUCCCCGCCGUCGAGUGCUCCGGCCACCACUCGGGCUCCGACAGCUGCCCCUAUGGUGGCACCACAGAUGCGCCCUCGCCCAGGCUCCCCCAGGAAGGCAAGAAGGGCCCCAGGACGCCUCGGGAAGGCCUCACCUUCCGCAGAUAG